AUGGGCCAAAAACCCUCAAUCCCCCAACCUGGGAAGAAAGUCCAGGUAAUAGGCGCCGGCCUUCCACGCACCGGAACCGCCUCCUUCAGCGCCGCGCUAUCCAUAUUGUUAAACGGCCCCGUCUACCACAGCGGCACCCAGAUCACACUCGGGCCAGCGUCCGAAAUAAAAUCCUGGAUCCGGAUUCUCCGUCUCUGGGGUACAGGACAGCCGAAUGACCGCAAAUCCGCUCUCGGGAUUAUAGAGUCUACCUUGGAUGGAUACGUCGCUGUCACCGAUUCCCCCGGUGACCAACUCGUACCUGAACUGCUGGAGGUAUACCCCGACGCCUUGGUCAUUGCGACGACUCGUGAUGCGCAAUCGUGGGAACGGAGUAUGAGUCAAGUCGCGAGUCUUUCGACACUUUGGUUCUUAAGGGUGGUGUUGUUACCGCUCCCUGGGAUGCGCUGGUUCGUGGACUAUACGCAAGAGCUGGAGGUGCUGUGGAUAAAGAUGUUUGGUGUGGAUAGGCCGAAUGUCGGUGUCUAUGGGAAACAUCUUGAGCGGUUGAGGGAUGUAGUCCCGCCGGAGAAACUGAGGCUUUUUAAUGUUAAGGAUGGAUGGGAGCCAUUGUGUGAGAUGCUUGGGGUGGAUGUCCCUGAGGUGCCGUUUCCGAGGAUUAAUGAUUCCGAGGCGAUUGAUCGGACAGCACAGUAUCAUAUUCGGAGAGGGCUCUUACGAUGGGGUGCUGUCGUUGCGGUUGUUGGUGCUGUUGUAUGGGGUUGGCGGUUAUAG